AUGCCCACCCGACACACGCACACCGAUCUUCCACCGCUUCAUACAGAUAGAAAGGGUCUCGCCCGGGACGAGUACGACUUAUCACACCUGCCCAAGGGUAUCACCGAUGCAUUGAAAUCUUACGAGAGAACUGCCGCUCCCGUCUUCGACAACCUCACGACAUCACCAGAUAACAUCAAUAACAUCAGCUUCAAUGAUCGACCUAACUCACCCCAUGCGGACUCUGGAGUAUUUUUUGGCUCCGUCAAGGACUUUCAACUGGAGCUCACGUGCAGUAGAGAUAUCGAUGUCAAGGUUGAAGGAACAGGAGGAUCACACCACGCCGAGGAAGCACAUGCGGAUCACAGCGAACAAAGUCAACGAAGGUUGUCCUCAUGGAGUCGAAGAACAAGUUUCCAAGCAAUGCGUAACGGAGUCGGAGCAGUUCUGCGGCGUACAAGUGGAAGCAGUGGCAAAUCCUCAAAUUCAAGUGUACCGUCCAGAAGCGGUACUGCAGAGCGAUUUGUUUGUGAAAGUGCUAGCUUGAGGACUUCCUCGGAUCAUGCAUUCGAGCCUAGCAUUAUGGAGGAGUCGAUGGAGUCUGAUGAUGACUUGAUAACAGAACUCAAGCCACCGCCGACGAUUCUAGGACGACUUGCUCGGAGAGAAGCUUCCGAGAGCAAGACUCUACGAAAGACUGCAUCUGCUGGGAGCCUGUCACUGUCACAUAGGCCAGAAAGCUGGGAUUGUCAAUCCGGCGAUCGGACGGACAGACCUUUUCAUGGAUUCAUGGGAUCAGAGUUUAUUUCAUGA